AUGACCGAAUACGCACAGUUCCAGCAAUCCCACCACGGGCACGCGCCUGCGCAUAUUCAGAGCUACGGCAGCAACCCGAGCCCUGCAGGCGGGAACCCUUCCAUAACCUCACCUACGCAGCAGCAGAUGCAACAAUUUCAGCAGACAUCGCCCAUCUUGCCGUCACAAGGCUAUGGCCAUGGCGGCGCGCCGCACCCGCAACAUCCUCAGCAUCAUCAGCAGAUGAACUUUCCCCAGCAGCAGUACAUGACGGGCAUGCAAAAUCCGUACCUGGCCUCGCAGCAGCAACAGCAGCAGCAGCAACAGGCAGCAGCAAUGGCAACGGCAGCUGCGGCAGGCCCGGCCGGAUACUACGAUCAAAGCGCUAUCCCAGGCCAACUGGCACAAGACCCGCGCGCAUCCCCACGCAUGUCCGUCUCUCAGAUGAAGAAUGACGGCCGUGUUGCCCCACGGUCCCCAACCAACGUCAACAAUGCUAUGAACAGUGCGCUUCCUUCGCAGGUUCAGAUGACACCGACUCAGAUGCAACAAAGACGGAUGAGCACUCAAAUCAGCAGCCCUGCGAUGCAGCACCCACAGCCCGUCAUGAGCCACGGAGGUCCACGGCCUUCAGUGCCCCCGCAAAUGGCCCAGCAACCCCAACACCAACAAUCACCAGAGCUCGUAUCAGGGGGUCCCCAAGUUGAGGAGGCACCUCUCUACGUCAACGCUAAGCAAUUCCACCGCAUCUUGAAGAGACGACUUGCGAGACAAAAACUCGAAGAUGCACUCCGCCUGACAUCCAAGGGACGCAAACCGUACCUGCACGAGUCCAGGCACAACCAUGCCAUGCGUCGUCCGCGUGGUCCUGGCGGACGCUUCCUCACUGCAGAAGAGGUGGCUGCCAUGGACAACGGCCAGAAAGGUGAAGGCGAAGACGGCAACAAGGAGAACACAUCCAUGCCCCCCAAGUCUGGUAGCGCUGGACCGAAGCGAAAGGCUUCGUCUUCCCAACUCAAGGGAACACCAGACGUCAAGAAAAACAAGGCAGGUGCUGUACAGCGUCACAGCACUAGUGAGGAUGACGAGGAGGAGGAUGAAGAUGAUGGCGAAGACGAUAGCUGA